CACUCUCUCAACCCUCAAGCACAACACUCCUCGCCCUCCAUCGAGCCCGAGUGCUUUUCACCUCCCCCAUCAUCCAUCUCCUUAAUCCCAUCUUGCACCGUAGCCUGAGGGCUUCGCCAUCAUGAACGGCGCUCCGCCCAUCCCCUUCAGCAGAACCGACCUGGAGCGUCAGCGGCUCGAGAGUACUCUCGACCACGACCUCUCUACGCUGUCGCUCAGUGCAUCAAACCCGUCGACAUCCUUUGCCUCGCACUCUUCUGUAUCGACAGUAGGCGUUCCUCGUUCCGCCGCAGUGCACGAUUAUCGUCCCUCUUUGACGUUUGACGAGACUCCCCGCCGUCCAGGCCGCCACCCGUCCUUCGCUGCGUCUCUCGCGAGCGCGGGCAUUGGCGCCUCCCCUACUUCGACUGACGGGCACCAUGUUAGCGCGGCUACUCUUGGUGCAAGCGUCUUCAACAACCCGACUCGCCGCGAGCACCAGGCCGGAGAGUUUGACCCUGACCGCUCGCUCGGCCGCCUCGUCGGCCAGCUCACCCGAGCCAUGGAGGAGGAGCGUAUCAUCAAUAAGCCUGCGUCGCCGUUCCGCGCCGCAUCGCCGCGCUCUCCCAGCCCCUCCCUGCACCAGCUUCCCAAUCUGUCCUUUUCGCUUGGUCGGAACGACCCGCUCCCGUCGCCGCCGCAGAGCCGGACUGUUUCCGCCGCCUCAUCCAAGUCGAGCGGCGAUGGCACGGGUUCAAACCAUCCCCUGAGCGAGGCUCAAACAUACCGUCCCGACUCACGCCGCCCACUCGCGGACACGGGGCUUCACAACCAGUCCCAGUAUCAGCCUGAGCGCCCGUACAAGAAAGGGCAGUACAAAGCGCCAUACCUUGUGCCGGUGGUGCAGCCGUCACCCGGCCGCCGCGACAGGACUUUUGACUUGACGGGAAUGACGGGAGUGACGGGGCUGCUUGCAACGCCCGCAAAGGGCCCCGGCUUCGGCGAAAUCGAUAAGAAUGCCGCGCCGCUCACGGCCGGUGCUGGCGUACCCAGCGCGCUUGCAAGCCUUCAGGCGCACAUCCGCGCACUGCAGAAUGAGAAGGGCGUCGCGACUCAGCGCAUUGCCGAGCUUGAGGCUCAGUGGGCCCGCGCCCGCGAAGCUGUCGCCGAGCUCGAGGCCGAAUGCGCCAGCGCCCGUGAGGAGGUAGCGGAGAUGCAGGCGGGCGGCGAUGCUCGCCUCGCCGAGGUGCUGAGUGAGAAAGCCGCGCUGGAGGAGCUAGUGGCAACUCUCCGUGCCCACAUUGCGCGCCUUAGUGCCGAGCUCGAGGCGCAGAAGGCCGCAAUUGCCGAGCUCCGCCGCAUGCGUGACACGGACGUGCGCGACGACCUCGCCGCCAUCAAGAGUGACAUCGAGCGGCUUACGCGCGAGAUCGCCCGCCUCAACGAGGUCGCUGAACAAGGCCUCCUCGCACGCACCAGCGCGCGCUCGCAGCGCAGCAUGCGCGUCGAGGCGCUCGACCUCGCCGAGGACACGGCGCGAGUCAGCGCCAGCCCCAACGCCGACGCGGGCGCCCGCGAGCGCGGCACCGAGCGCGCCACGCAGACCGACCUCCCCUCGCAGUUCCGCCAGGGAGUCCACGCCGCCGGCGCACCAAACGUCACGAUACUCCCGCCCUCGGCUAAGGCUGCGCGCGUAGCCAACGAAAGCGAGGACGAGCGCGACGCCGACGCCCAGCGCUCGCCCACCCCCGUCCGCCGACCGGGCUCGCGCGCAAGCCAAGCCACGGACAUCCGCGCUCCCGACCGCGUGCCGUCGCGCGCGAGCCAAGCCGCGGUCGACGCCUUCCGUCCGGCCCGUGAGCCGGCCGCUCCUCCCGUCGACGACGAGCCCGCGACGAUGAUCUACGUCGCGGAGCGCCACGACGGCCCCUCGCCCGCCGCGCUGCGCGCCGAGCGCGAACAGCGCAGGGAGCGGCGACAGGACAGGACGGACGCGACGCCCAACCACUCGGGCUCGUCGAGCCGGCGGAUGGAGGGCCCGGCGUCCCCGUUCCCGUCCAUCCGCGCCGAGGACGAGAUGUCGUUCUUCUCGCAGCGCCGCCCGCCGUCGCCGCGCGAGGAGAUGCGCAAGUCGCGCCGCUAUCAGGCGCUUGUGGAGGCUCCGGCGCCCAAUGUGGCGCGGAUGCCGUCUGGCGGCAGUAGAGUCGCGUCCGGUGGCAGUGGCCACCGGGUGACGACGGGUGGCACGCACAGAGUGACCUCUAGCGGCAGUGGCACUCACCGCGUCGCAUCUGGCGGCAGCACGAACCGAGUCGCGUCGGGCGGCAGCGCCCGCUCGCUCCCGGUGCAACCGACGCAGCCCGCGCUCGGCGGCGUGCGCGCGAUACUUGACGGCGCCGACGUGCCGCCCGCAACGGUGCUGUCGCGCGUCAUCGGCGAACUCGAAGCCGACUUUGCGCACUACAAAACGAUCUACGUCGAGCUCGCCGACCAGUACAAGGUGCUGGACGCGGCGAGCGCCGUCGCGAAGCGGCACGUGCUCGCCGCCCACCUCAAGGAGGUGAUCGACUGUCUCGAGCAGAAGGCCGACCAAGUCGCCGCCUUGUACUCGCUCAUGAGCGUGCACGACCGGCCGGCGCCGGAGGCGCCGGAGCGCCGCGCCGUCCGCUCCGUCCGCGAGCUGUGGGCGGGCGUGCGCGACGUGCUCGGUGAAGACGCUGUGCGCCGCCUCGAAGCCGACGGCUUGUUCCACCACCACUAGAGUUGUCUUUUUGUAUGCCUGUUGCGUGCUAUGUAUUGUUGAUUUGACGAGCG